GGAGACAGAAAAAAAGGAAAACUCAAGUGACUCUGAAUAAUAAUAAUACUAAGGCUGCGGUGUGUAUGCAGAGAAGGGGGGGUUGGACUUGUGCUGUAUUCUCCGCCAAACUUCUCCAAACUUCCCUUCCCUCCCCCCUCACAAAACUUCACCGCUUUUGCGUUCAGUCUGCUGCCUCAACCUCACCUCACCGCACCGCCGACCAAGGUCAGCGUCAGUGACCGCCCACAGGAACUGGCAACGCGGCACCAAACCUCCGCGGACCCCGGUAGCCUUUUUUUCUCCCUCUCUAACAUUAGAGUUGGACUCACUCACUCACUGGCUGAGAAAACUACGGACUAACCGACUGCUGUCGCUGAGCGGAUGGAGGAAGCCUCGGUAGCGAAGGAGUGAAUCAGCCAAACGAUUGUGAACAACGUCAAGUUUGUGAGCGUUAAACGAAGUGACACCAUGUUGGGACACCCAGCGUCUUACGCUAACAAGAAGAGGAAGAAGCCUGUUCUCAAACAAAAGAAGGCCAGUGAUGGCAAUGAAGUUGUUAAAUCAAACCCUUCAAAGCGCCACCGGGAUCGGCUGAACGGGGAGCUGGACAGGCUGACAGACCUCCUGCCCUUUCCCGCGGAGGUUCGCUCUCGUCUGGACAAACUGUCGGUCCUUCGCCUCAGCGUGGGUUACCUGAGGGUCAAGAGCUACUUCAAAGGGGCCAUGAAGACCAAUAACAGCAGUCUGAUGUUACCUGGAGUGAACGGGCAGAAUGGGCAGAACGGGAACAACAUGGACGUCACGGGCUUCUCUGAGGGCGACCUGCUGCUCCAGGCGCUGAACGGGUUUGUGAUCGUGGUCACGUCAGAGGGCUUGGUGUUUUAUGUCUCUGCCACAAUCAAGGACUACCUGGGCUUUCAUCAGUCUGACGUGGUUCACCAGAGUGUGUUUGAGCUCAUCCAUACUGAUGACCGGGCUCUGUUCAGACAGCAGCUUCACUUUGCUCUCAACCCUCCAUCUGCCGGUGACGGAGAAAACGCCUCGCAGAAUUGUGGCGGCACAAUGUUUUACAGUCCUGAGCAGCUUCCCCCAGAGAACUCCGCCUUCCUGGAGAGGAGCUUUGUGUGUCGCUUCCGCUGCCUCCUGGACAAUUCCUCUGGCUUCCUGGCUCUGAAGUUCCAGGGUCGACUGAAGUACCUCCAUGGCCAGAGGCUUAUGAGGGACAAUGGGAACGCUAGCAAACCUCAGCUGGCACUUUUCUCCAUCGCUAUGCCUGUCCAGUCUCCAGCCAUCGUGGAGAUCAGAGCCAAAAUGCUCCUCUUUCAAACUAAGCACAAGCUGGACUUCACACCCACAGGUGUAGAUAGCAGGGGGAAGAUUGUUCUGGGCUAUUCAGAGACUGAACUGUGCAUGAGAGGCUCCGGCUACCAAUUCAUCCACGCUGCUGACAUGAUGUAUUGUGCCGACAACCACAUCCGCAUGAUGAAAACAGGAGAGAGCGGUCUGACUGUUUUCAGGCUCCUGAGCAAGUCGAACGGCUGGGUGUGGGUGAAGGCCAACGCCAAGCUGAUCUACAAAGGAGGAAGACCUGAAUUCAUCAUCGCGUAUCAGAGAGCUUUGGUCAAUGCCGAGGGUGAGGAAUAUCUGCGUCAGAGGAGGCUGCAGCUUCCCUUCUCCUUCACCACAGGAGAGGGCGUCCUGUACGACAUCGGCCCCACAGUGGACAUCACUCAGUUUCAGUUCAAUAAAAUGUUUAACAACACAGACGACAUUAAAAAGGAUGUGACCCCUGGCUCUCUGCUGGACUGCUUCCUGAGUCAGGACGAAAGAGCCUACACGCAGCCAGUAGACCCCCCUCUACCUGUGGAUCAGGUGUUUUUGGACAGUGAGGCCCUGAUUAGCGUUGCCAGUGACGUAUGGCAUGACAGUGGAACUACAACCACGUCAAGUGACCCUGUUGCAUUGAAAGAGGAGGCCAAGCAGUCAGUGAUGGCUGUGAUUGACAACCUGGAAAAAAUGGCACAGGACGGUGACUUCUCUGCAGCUCUGCAGAAUCUGGAGGUCAGUGAUGCAGAGCUGAUGGAGUGGGAAAACACGCUCAAGGGAUUAAGUCAGGACGAGGGCCAGCAGAACGGCGUCAGGUCUGAGCUGGACAGCAUCCUCACUAAUGACAUAUUUGACUUCAUUGAUAGUGUUUUGUUCAAGGAGAAGGGAGAUCACUGUCUCGACACCGGCACUCCCGCCUGCCUCACAGCAGUCAACAACAAUCAGCAGGUCCCCUUCACUCAGGCUGUCCAGCUCUCAACCGCAGCCGGACUUAGUGAGCCUCAGUUGUUUCAGGCCCCGAGCCCUGAUUGUACUUACUCUCCAGUGAAUGGUCUCUAUGCUCACCAGCAGAAUGCAAUGAAUGGUCCAGUGACUGCAGGGCAAAGCUUGGCAGAGUCUGCUCAGAUGUUCAGCAGCACCCAGAAACUCUCCCACCACGGUCCCCUGAUGCCUCAGGCUGACACCAACCUGCCCCCUCUUCAGCAGCUGCAGCUCCAGGACAUUUACAGCCCCUCUAUAGAGCUCCCAGAGCUCACUGUCUCUGACGUCUCCGCUGCCUCAGCCCCUUUUCAAUCCUGUGCACAGGCACCUAUCAACCACAUGGGCUUCCCGACUGCACAGACGCAAUCCAGUCAGCUUCCGCGGGGUCCUCAAAACAAUUUGCAGGCUCCUGCAAUAACAGCAAACGGACAGCUGCUGCAGAGCUCUGUUCAACAACCAAACAAUGUAGCACUUGGCGUCAUGGACAUUUUGCCGCCCUUGAUUCCAUGCAAUGACUUUGUUUCCUCUAGCACACCUAAUAUUCCCAUUCCCUUUCCCACAACAUGUCUGCAAGGAAGAUCCGCUUUUGAAACGCACAACCACCAGGUUCAGCAGUGGCCGCAGGGCCAGCAGCAGAAGCUGCCUCAUGCUGGCGUCAUGCAGAACGGACAUGAGCCGAUGCCAGCAUGCCACAGCCAAACUCCACAAAGCCAAACAUUCCCACGUGCUGGCCUUUGGCCAAGGAACGUCACCGGACUGAGCCACACUCAGCAGGGAGGGCUGACGUGUGGCCAGGCAGCUACUCACAGCAGCUGCAUGUUUGACCAGCACUUUUCUAACAGUCCAGCAGGAGGCGACGUCCUGGCUCUGUCUGGGUCUUCAGGCCUGAGGGGGGCUGACAUGUCUCUGGAUCAAAGUCCCCCUCAAGGUUCCUGCUACUUCCAGUGGAGCCACAGUGAGCCUGUGGUGGGCACAUCGGCCAUCAACCAGGAGAACGCCAACAUCAGUCCUCUGACCGCUCCGCCCAACAUGUCCUCUUCAGAGCACACACUCAACAUUCAGCACUACCUGGAAUGCCCCAGACAGACGCAGGAUGAAAGAGUCCUGACUGAACGCAGUGGGAUCUUCGCUGCUCCUGCUUGCGAUGUGGCCAUGUACCUGGCGGAGUAGAGCCGAGCCAUGUUGUCAUUUCCAACAAACCCAGGACAAGGACAAAACUCAGUAUAGUUUGCCUGUAUCAGUGCUUAUCCACGGACUCUCAUGCUUACCCUCAUUGUCGUAUGUUUUAUAUAUCACUCUGUGUCAUUUAUACUUUGUCCAGUCUGCAAUGUUUAAAAGUCUGUUGCUUGUCAGUUGUUAGUGAAGAUACACUACAGUAAUAAUGAAGUAUAAAGCCACAAGUGCGCUUAACCAGGAUGGAGCUUGAGCCAGCUAGGAGGAUUGGUCAAGUAAAUCCAAAUAGCCAAAGAAAUAGGUUUUUUUAUAAGGGAAACCAGGUGUCGUCACGUCCUUGUUUUCAGCCAGGGACAUUGAAAAUCUCCCAAGUAUAAAUACCUGAAAAUACUAAAAAAAAAACAAAAAACACCUGAACAUGCUGUUGUUUUGUAAAUAUAUAUAAGUAUAUAUAUAUAUAUAUAUAUAUAAUCAAUCUAAACUUUGAUGCUGAGAAAGUAGACACUUUAUCUAAAAGACAUUGUCGUCAUCUUUGUAAAGAAUCACUGAAAGUGAUAGCUACCUGAGCGCACAGCUGUACCUUCAAAUUAAAAUUGUUACAGAUAAAGAGCAUCUGUAUAUUUUAAAUGAAACCCUUGGAUGUGGCUGAUGUAAGUGUAUAAAUACAGUCUGUAAUCGUACUUGUGUCUGCUUUGGCUCACAACAAUGCCGUAUGUACAGAAUGCCUCAGCAUGUGACACGUGUUUAUCUGUAUGCAGUAUAAAUGUGCUUUUAUGGAGAAUGUGUUUGAGUUAGAGACGCAGAGAUAUCUCAGAUCCCAAAUUGUGAGUACAACAGAAAGAAAAUCAGAAACUUUCUGAGUCACAUUAACUCUGUUUGAUGCAAACAUUUUGCAUUGUUUCCAUUUCAGUGACGUUUUUAAAGCUGAAAUUAAGCAUAGCUGCAGUUGAGUUGAUGUGAACGCACUGCUGCUAACUAAGAGCUGUGAGUCCUUGCGUCCUACUCAUGUCAGUAAAGCAACUAAAUCUAACUGUGCUUAAAGAAAUCAGUCCAUCAAAAAACACGACUCACACUCAUCUCAACAAAACGCUCAGUGACUCAAGAAAGGUCUACAAAAAAGUCGACAAAGACUUCUGAGAAAGGAAUUAUUCUUUCUCAGAAGUGCCCGACCACAAUGAUGACAGCGGCAUCCCGUCUCAUGGGCCGACUUCUUUGAAUGAAUGUGGGUCAACAUUCAACCUUCUAAAUAAGACAGUCAUCCUAACAGCUGCCAAAACUAAUGGUGCCUUCAGGCGCUCUGUAUCAGCCUCCACAUAUGUAUCGCUGCAGAGUCGCCCCCAGUGGUGAAUGAACUCGGAUGAGUCCCAUGAUAUCUGAAUUCACAGCACAAGUGACAAUAAGCGAUGUUUACUUGACUGGUAAACAAUGUAGCAGGAUAGAGAUGAUAUAAAAGUAUAACUGAGGAAGUUUCAGUCUGAUUUAAAGGAAUAUUUCACCCGCAAAAUGAUCGUGUGUGUAUUUGACUUUGUGAAGCAACCUUUGUUUUUUUUGCAUGCUGCCACGUUGAACGAAGAAUCCAAAAAGGCGAACACCCUUCAUGAAUUUAAACUCUCACACAACUCAUGCAGUGUAAUCAAAGUCUUAUGUAUCCAGUCUUUCCACGAGUAAAAAACAAUCAUAAAAUACACAUUAAAAGCCGUUUUGAAAACAUGAGUUUUGAUGGGUGAUUUGAAUCAGGAGGUCAGUGCAGAGGACAACUUUAAAUUUAAUCUUAAACACCCUUGCUGACAAGUAGCACCCCCUGAGUGCACCUGAGCAUGCGCUCAUUUAUUUGUCACAUGGAAUUAUACAAGGAACAGCUCCAGUGACAUGUGAUCCCAUCAGCUCCUGUAACACUGCACUGUAAUUUGGUCCAUUUUUAUGCCUGUUCUUACAUUGUUGGCGGCCGCUUUAUAAUUGUCCAUGCUUCCGGAUACUUCUGGUAAUCCAUGGUUUGUGGUUAUGGAAUGAUGUAACGGUCCACACAAGACAGCCGCAUGGUCACUCCUCCCGAACACAGGCUCUGCUUGAUCACUGUCCAAACACACACGCAGACACACGUGUGCCUUGGCACGCUACUCAGCCGUGCCUGAGACUGUUUGUACUCAUUCAUUCAUUCAUUCAUUCAUUUUCUGUAACCGCAUGUCCUGUUCGUGGACACUUACUUACUGGAGUCUAUCCCAGCUGACACUGGGUGAGAGGCAGGGUUCACCCUGGACAGGUCACCAGACUAUCACAGGGCUUACACAUAUAGACAGACAACCAUUCACACUCACAUUCACACCUACGGACAAUUUAGAGUCAUCACUUAACCUGCAUGUCUUUGGACUGUGGGAGGAAGCUGGAGCACCUGGAGGAAACCCACGCUGACACACCCUGGGUUCAAACCAGGGACCUUCUUGCUGUGAUGCUAACCACUGCAUUGCCCUGUAGUACGGAGCAUAUGACUGGAUAAAUGAGACUGAUUAUGCUGCACGAGUUGUAGGGCUGCCAAAAUUGCUCAAAAAUGUUGUUCGAAUAUUCCUUCUAAAAAUAAUAAAUAAUAAUAAAUUUUCGCAUUAUGUCCACAAGAGGACAAACUAAUACAAGGAAACAUAACUACUUGUAGGUAUUUUUAUUUCAAUAUAAACGUCUUUGAAAACAUUUACAUACCUACACAUUAAAACACAUAAAACAAUUAUCUAUAACAAUACGUUAUAAACGGCCACGGACCUCUCGCGCGCCCCCCCUCUCUCUGACCUGUGGCCACACUGCCACUGCGAAUAGCCUCGUAGCGCCGGACCGUGACCGGCUUGCGUCCUGCAGCGAUCAUUUCGGCGUCUGGUCUAUUUUCUGCGCGAGCCGCGAGCGAAUGUGUCAAGCCGGGUGACGGAGACAACAGCUGGUAGCAGAACUGCUUGUCAACCAUCGUGGAGAAAUGCGCGUCUGAUGCCAACGCCCACUCGCAAAGAGGUCAGCUGCGGUGGUGUUUUUUUUCCUCCACAAUCGAAUAUCAAUUUUCACAUUCGAAGGUCCUUUUUUUUUUUCAAAUUCGAAUUUAAAUUCGAAUUUAGAAUGUUCGUUGACAGCCCUAACGAGUUGUGAGAGCUUGUAAGCAGAUGUUCAGAUACAGUUUUCAGAGUUCCUGCAGACUUUUUAAAGUCAAAUUUAAGAUGUUUUAAGACCUCAACAAAGAAAAAUUAAUACCAUUUUACACCAACAAACGGCAUUAAUACAUGGCAGUAAACAUCACGUUCACAUCUCAUCGGUGCUCCAGUGUCUGAUGCUUCAACGCCCAUCGUCCCAAGUUUUUCCUCAGUGUCGUUACUUGUGACCGCGUUACAAGUAAUAAAGUCAUAAAAUCAUAUAAUUAUUCAUGUAACUAGAUACAGUAAUGGGUAGAUCUGAUUAGGUAUUCAGACAUGUCUCCGUUAGUCUAAAUUUAGGACUUCUCACAAGUAAAAAUAAGACUUUUUAAGACAUUUUAUGGCCUUAAAUUUUCAAAAUCAAACUUAAGACUUUUUAAGGAUCUGCAGGAACCCUGGUUUUGCUGUUUGUUUUUUAAACACGAUCCUAAUUUACUUCAAUUCCUGAUGAAGGUUGGUCUUUUUUGGAUUCUUCGUUCAGAGGCAUGCGAGCAAAACAAAGUUUUCUCCACAAAUUGAACACGUGGCGCGUCAUUGUUAAACAAAUGAUCACUUUGUGUGUGACGUAUUCCUUUAAUCCACUAUUAAACAAAUGAUAAUGGGUGCAUUCAAGCCUUUAAAAUGAGCCAGGCCAUUCCUCAAAGGAUGCAGUCCCUAAAUACGGACGCAACAGACAAAUAAAAACAGCUUCCAGAUCUCCAACUCUGCAGCAGCCCUUGUCAAAACACCCUUCUGUUACGUUCUCCCACUGCAUGUGAUCCUCCAUAAGAACAUCCCAAAAUAUAUAUAUUGCCUUAACCCAAACAUUAAAUUAUAUCACAGCACACAGCAUGACCAUAUACAUUACUCUUGUGCCUUCAUGCCGAAUCGGCAGCUUUAAAGUAUCCUCAUAUGGAGCGUUUUGAAUUUGACAACAUAAAUGUUCUAAAUGGGUCCCUUUGUGUUUCCUGUUGGAUGUUUUGCAGUGUGUGUGAACGACAUCCGCAGACAGGAAGCAAACAUGGACUCAAGCUGUUGCCUAGCAAUGCAAUUCCAGUGAAACUGUCUAUAAAUAUAUCUGUGCCUUCUUGUAUGAAGCAUCGUAAAAUAUUUGCCUUAGUAGCGCUUGUUUUUCUAAAGUCAUCCUGAGGAGCCGCACUAAUUUAAAUUAUCCUUAAGUGCAUUUCAAGGCUCUGGGGAAUUUCCUUAAGUCCAUUAGCCUUUACACAAACGUCCUUAACAGUGGAAACAAGGGAAAAAACUGAACUUGACCUAUCUCUGUAGAGAUGGUAUGCUUUCUUUCAUUGAAUAUUUAGUAUCGAGAAUGUGGAGAUUUGAACUAACAAUGCAGAUCAUAUUUACUUUGCUUUGUUUCCUGUUUGUCAUUUUGGCUCCUUUGUGUUUUUUUACCCGCUCUCCGUCAGAUCUUCAUAUCCGCACUACAGAUAAUACAGCAGUACUGGUUUGGAUUAACCUGAGCAAAAACAGCAUUAACAUGGCAGCUUUACCGUAUUCCUGCUGCACUGUGGGAAAUCACUCAGUAUUUUACAUGUCCUUAACUAUAUAUUUUUGAAUAUUCAUUUUAGUACAAUGCUUAUAAAUGGAAAAAACAUUACCACCUUAAGUGAAUUCUUAAAAAUAUGAAAGUCUUAGAGCAGAGGUUAAUGCGUCCUGGUUGCUCGCACCAGACUUCGGAGGCUCUGAGGACGGCCUUUAA